GGAAUACUUCCAUGCUCUGAGCUCCGGAAAAUCCUGUUGGAGACUUUGUUUUCUGAGGGGACCCACAGUUGUCAUGGUUUGCGGGGAUCUCGGGCCUCUGGUGCAAUGUGCAACUCACCAACGUUGACUUCAACUACUCCAUCCUCUCAAGCCCAUAGACGAUAAGCUCUACUGUACCUUGACAAUCGGUAAGCCUCAAAUCGCGAUUGCUGCAAAACCCCCUGUGACUGAUUCCUUCUCCCGAGCUCUGUGGAAGCUCUACACGCACACAGAAUUGUCAAAUCUGGAGAUCGUCCACGGUCGAUCGCAACCAUUACUAUUGCUUUCCGUUGGCGUAGUCUUGGUUAGGGAUGAUGUGGGCCGAGGUCAAAGAACAGUUAAAGGCCAAUCCACCGCCACAGCGUUUCUCAGUUCCCAGACCAAGAUGUUCCGCCUUCCCACCCAUCUCGAAACUUUCAUCCCUCCACCCAGAGAACAAGUGCCACAGACUCGACCAUGGAGAGGUACUCUCAUCCUCCCUACGUCCGGUUCUCCUUCGAGCGCCCCGCAAGAAUUGCGUUGCACCGCGGCUGAAACUGAAGGCGACAACCAAGUGGAUGUCUGGCCCACUCGGUUCGUCGUUCAGACCAUCAGCCAGAGACCUCUGCUCCAGGAAAUGCAGGCAUGGGCAAAGACAAACGUGCCCCCUAUUUGCAUGUUUAUGCCAGAUCGGCUAUCGGAUCAAGACACUCACAGAAGGAACCAGGCCAAUUUCGAAACCUUCGCUACAAUGCUGGCUGAGAAUCAAUUCAUAGCGAUAGCGCCAUGGAACCUGCCAGAUAGACUCUCCGGCGGCGGAAUAAUUAUCUUCUCAACCAGAGCCUCGCACUCCCUACUCGUUGGCGCAGUCUUCCUCAAUUCUGCCUUUCCCGACUUUCUCGCAGGACUAGUCCCGCCUCCUGCUCGUCCUACUAUAGGGUUGCCGCGAGCUCUACUCUAUAACAACCCGUCUGAUAGACAGACACUCCCUAAUAUUGCAACUUCACAACGUCACAGUCAAUCGCCCACUAGCAGUCGUGCUAGCCGCUUCUCAGGAUAACAGUUUGGUUUUUCUCAUAUCCCCCGUCCUAAAUUUUCGUUAUUUGACAAGCAAUUACGAGCCCAAUUUCCACCUGACUUUGUAGCAUAGUUAUAAAUCUCCCUUCGUCAGCUUUCAACAGCUUUCUCAUACCCCUGCACCCUUCACUUGUAGCCAACAGUACUUGCCGAGACAGUUUUGUAUCAUUAUCAGUUAGAACUUUAGAGCCCUGUUGCCUCUUCUCCAAUUGCUUGUUGAUGCGGCCCAGCACAUCCACAAAUGCAAGACACUUUUAAUUUCAG